UUUCGAUUAGUCGAAAUUCUUUUCUAAUCGAUUUUUAGCGAAAUGGACCAAUCAGAUCGCGUCUUCUGAAUGAACAUAAGUUAACGUUUUUUUUGUCUGUUACCAAAAUUCAAACUUCAUUUAAUUUUCAUCGUUAUAUUUUCCCUGAUUGUUGCUUUGAAGUCUCAGCAAGAUGAGCACACCGAUCAUUAAGACGCCAUUGCGAGACCGGAAUCGGUCUCAAUCUCAAAAUAACAAAGAGUAUCAUAUUAGCCGUGAACUUAUGGAUAUUAGAAAGAAGCUCAACAAUGAAAGAGCUCGAGCAGAUGAUAUGGAACUUGAAGUUAAAAGUAAGGAUUCUAUUAUUAAAAAACUUCGAGAAGAGCUGGAUAUGGCUAAGAAAAGGGUCCAUUCACAAAAUGACGAGAUGGCUAAUAUGGUUAGCUUGGAUGUUCAUGACAAACUAAAAAGUGAAUUUGAAGUGCUCAAAGUGAAACAAGAAUCUAUUUUUAGUGAUUUAAAAUUCGCCCAAACUCAAGUUAGAGAUUUGGAAGAGGAGCUUCGAUGCUCUUGGGCCAGUAAUCAAGAAUUAAGUGUUAAAUUUGAAGGAGCCAUGAAGGACAUGGAAAAUAUCGCCAGAGAAUUUGUUGAUUAUACUGAUUUGAAAGCUAAAUAUGAAGAUUUAUCGCAAAGGUAUCAAGCCACAUCCAUGGAGAAUGAAGAACUUCAAAAAGCAUUGGAAGCCAUUAAAGAGCAAAGAAAAGAGGAUUUACUAAAUGAAUCUGGACAGUUUAUUCCUCUCGGUGUGGAAAUGCCCGCUUUAGAUGCUGAACCAGUGUCUCUUUUCACCGAAAUUAUGUUGAAAGAUCAAGAAGAGGAAUUAGAGAAAGUUAAAAUUUCGAAUGAGAAAAUGAAGAACGAACUUGAUGAAUUGAAACCUAAGGUUCUCAGUAUGGACCGUUUACAACAAGAAGUGGAAACUUUGAAUGCUCAAUUAAUUCUCACUAAAAGUCGUUUAAGUGACUCUUAUCGUGAUCUCAAAAACUGUAUUUCUAAAAGAGAAGCGGAUAAAAGAAGGUCCGCCGAACAGAUUAAAAAGUUGGAACAGAAAUCAGCUCAUUGGGAGAAAGAAUUAACUUCAUUAAGGAAAACAUGUAAUGAUUUAAUCACACGAAAUGGUGAACUUACCAAAUUGUGUAAUGGCCUCGAAGCCAAAGUUCGGGAACUUUCUCAACAAAAUUCUGUUCUCGAAAGUGAAGUUAAACUGUUGGAUGAAUCUUUUAUGAUGGAAAGACGAACCAAGGAAAGAUAUGCCGAUGAGAAUCGACAUCUAGAGAAAAUGUUACAAAUGGAGCAAAUAAAACUUUCUCAAUCAGUUAUAAUGCCUCCUCCUCCACCUCCACCUUCAUCAAUUUCAUCAGCAUCAUCAUCAUCUUCAACAAUGACAAUCAACAGCAAGAACAAUAACAAUAACCCUCAUCAACUCUCAAACUCUACAAUAAACAAUCAGAACAGAAUUAAACAUAAUGAAACCUUCACCAUGAGUACACCAAUUUUCCCUAAAACUGUUAAAAAAUCUGCUCCUUCCUCUCACUAUGCUUCAUCAUCCAUCUCAUCAUGUAGUUCAACUCGCUCCUCUUUCCAUGAUAUGAGCAAAAAACGACGUCCUCUCCCCCCAGGAACAGGUCGAUCACUUCCUAUGGCGGAUGAAGAGGGUGAAUUCAUGGAUCCAAGGAACCUUGAGGAUCUGAAAAGCGGCCGAUGUCUCUUACCCGAUCCCGAAGAUCCAUUCAAACGUCUCAGUAUCCUUCAAGGUCGCAAUUCCCUCUGUCGACCCCAUUUAAAGUCCUCGUAUCCUGUUGAGAUGCAGGAUAUCAACGUCUCUGAAUCGGCAAUCAGACAAGGAUCAAAUCAACACGAAAGACCAUCAAGACCCAAAGCUGAAGCUUUCACAAUUUCAUUCAAUUGAAAUGAUUUUUUUUUCGUCACAUCAUCACCGGUUAUAGUUUUUCCUUCCUACUUGUAAAUUAUGUCGGUGAUUUAUUAUUAUAAAUAUUAAUUCAAAUCAACUGCUGAUCAAGAAAUUCAGUAAUCAAUUUCUCUUCUUCAUUAGCAGGGGUAUAUAAAUAUUUCCUUCUCUUCCCAAUCAAACCAACAAUCAACUUGAUUAAUCGACAAAAGUUUGUAAAUCUAUUUUUUAUUAAAAAUCUUCGUAUUUGAUUGACACACUUUAAAA